AUGGCAACUGGUAAAGAAAAAUGUUUUACAUGUGCCAAAGAUAAAAUCGUAUACCUAUGCGAAGGAUGUUCACAAAAAUUUUGUUUGACAGAUUUAACAGAACAUCGUCAAGCACUUCACAAAGAAUACGACAAAAUUAUCACCAAUUGUGAUGAAUUUCGACAAAAACUUAUUGAACAAAAAGAAGAUCCAAAUCAACAUCUAUUGAUACAACAAGUUGUUGCAUGGGAAAAAAAUUCAAUUAAGAAAAUUAAACAAACAGCAGAAGAAUGUAGACAGACAUUACUUAAACACACAAAUGACAGCCUUAUUGAAACGGAAAAGAAAUUGAAUAAAUUUAUUUCAGACUCGAGACAAAUUCGUCAAGAAGAUGAAUUUAAUGAAUUUCAUUUAAACCAACUGAAAAAGCUAUUAGAAGAACUGAAAAAAGAAUUUGAUCAACCGCUAAAUAUUUCAAUCCAUGAAGGUUCUACAGCAUUUAUAAACAAAAUUUCAGUCUCGACAAACGAUAAGAGAGCCUUUAAUAUUAGUCAAAAUUAUGGUGAUUUAAGUGGCACAUGGAAAUGUGACGAUGGUGGAUUGUAUUAUAUUCGACAAUUAGAUAAUGCAAUAUGGUGGUUUGGUGCACAACAGGUUGCAACCAAGCGCCAACCGAUAUUUUCUAAUGUUCUUCAUGGGAUGAUUGAUUCGUCAAUGAUAAAUGCGCAAUGGUGUGAUAUCCCAUUAGGUCGAGAUCGUCACAGUGGUUCAAUUACGCUAGAAAUCAUUGGCGUUGGUGAAUUAAAAAAAACAUCAUAUACAGGGUCUUUUUGUGGUUCAAUAUGGAAAAGGCAAUAA